CACUAUUCGCUUUGUUGUGACGUUUCGAAUAGUCAAGAGUGCAGUGCGUAUUGUUGUUUUGCAAUAUUUUUUAAGUUGCAUGGUUCACAAAGUUGUACAAAAUAAAUCAUAAUGCAAACGGAACUUUCCGACUGUUUCACCUGCUGCCGAAGGACGGACACCUUCCUGCGAAUCUGCGACGAGUCCAACACGGAGAAUGUGGACCAGAUUUUGGCUCGACACUUUUGGUUCAAGAGAAGUGACUACGAGCAGUCGGUGUUGUGCACCAGCUGCUGGGAAAAGAUUGACGAAUUUCACAAGUUUUACUGCGAAGUGGCCAACACGCACCGGGCGGAUGUUUUGUUGCAAGGCGACCAAGUGAUUCAGGUGAAGGAGGAGGAAAUCGAUGAAGAAUCGGAUGAGAUAUCGGCCGAGGAGGAUACUCUUGAGGAACCAUCAUCGACGCGAGGUCGCAAGCGAAAGAAAUCUCCAUUGGAGGAUGAAGAAUUUGAAGCGCCGGUUGACGUGAAACUAGAGGAGGUUCCAGAAGAGUUUGACUCGGAGCAGAUCGACGUUGAGCAGCCAAAGCUGGAAGUUGGACUUGGAGAUGAGCAGAGCAGUAGCGACAGCGAUGAGGAAACCGAUGAAGAGGAAGACGACUCAGGUUCGGAAUCGUCGCGACCGAUAGCGGCACGGAAACGCAAGGCCAGCCAGGCUCGUCGUCGGGGACAGCAAGCCAAAGGAAGUUAUUCGGCCGAGAAGGAAUCGUUGAUUCGGAAGCACUUCCCAAGGUUGCCGUGCGAUCAGUGCCCGGAACAGUGGCCUAACUUCAAGCAACUGACGAAGCACGCCCGAAGAGAGCACGACUCACUGCCGACCGUAGUCUGUUGCAAGCAGUCGUAUCAGAAACAGGUUUUCCUGUUUUAUCACCUUUUGAAGCAUAAAUUUUACUGCAAAGAGUGUGACCGAUGCUACAAGACCGUGGACAGUUUUGCCAUGCACAACAUGCUGAACCACACGCCGGAGGAGGAGAAGAGAUUCCGGUGCCAUCUGUGCGAGACGGCCUUCGUGUCGGAACCGCUGCUGACUAGUCAUCUCAACUGGCACGCGACUGUCGAGCCGAAGAAUAUCGUUUGUCAAAAGUGUAACAAGUUCUUCUCCAACACAAGAAUGCUCGAGGAGCACACAACAACUCAUCAUCCUGAGUCGCUUGCGCCAGACGGCGUAGGAUAUCCAGCAAAUGUUGACGGAACGGCGUUCUUCGAGCAACAAUCGACUCUGGACCACCCGGCGGACAACACAACGGUCAAAAAGUCCCACGAGGGCAAACAGAACCGUCGCAAAACCCCGCAAGAUCACGCCCGGGAGGACGAGCUGAUUCGCAAGUACUGCGCGCUAAAUUGUGAACAGUGCGACUACACGGCGGAAACGUUUAACCAGCUGGAGCUGCACUACAAGCACGCGCACGACGAACGCGGAGGUUACGCCACGUGCUGUGCGCGAAAGUUCACCAAAAAGAGCCGCCUGUACGAGCACGUUUGUGUGCACGAAAACCCGCAACACUUCAAGUGCGCCAUCUGCGCGAAAACCUUCCUCAACAGCUUUGGCUUGUCGAACCACAUGAUGUGGAAGCAUACGCCGGACUCGGAGAAGCCGUUCCGGUGUGAUGUGUGCGGCAGUCGGUUUUGGAAGGAUUAUUUACUGAAGCAGCACAUGGAGUACCAUCUAGCGUUGGAGGAGAAGAAGUUCGCGUGUAAAGAGUGCAAUCGAUUCUUCGGAACGAACCUGCUUCUGAAAUCCCACGAGCAAUCCACGCACGGACUCAGCGCCAGCUGGGUGUGCGACGUCUGCGAAGGGUUCGCCAUGAAGUCGGCGCUCGAAUUUCACCGCCAACAGCACUCCCAGGAGGGCCGGGCCGCGCUAAAGGCCCAGUGCGAACACUGCAAAAUAUGGCUCAAGAACAUCAAGAGUCUGCGCAGCCACGUCAAGCGGUGCAAGUCCGAACCGGUUCCGUGUGACGUGUGCGGAAAGGAGUGCUCGAACGCCAUGUCGCUGCGCAGCCAUAAGAAGUUUGUCCACACGAACGCGACCACGUACUCGUGCUCGUUUUGCGCGAAACCGUUCAAACGGCUGCUGCGGCUUAAGGAACACGAAGCUGGACACACCGGCGAGCUGCUGUACAAAUGCGAGUAUUGUCCUCGGACUUGCAAUUCCAGCUCGAAUAUGUACACCCACAAGAAGGUGGCGCAUCCGGAGCAGUGGGCCGAGAAGAUGUCUCAGCGGCACCAGCGGUAGACUCUGUGCUUUAAUACUCAAUUUUCUAUUUUGUUGACUUUUCAAGAUUUUAAAAUUAGGUGAUUCUUCAUCAUAGAGCAGAUAAGGAACAAUAAAAUGAAUUGUGCAAUUGCUUUGUA